GAUACUGGAAACCAGCAUGAAUUAUUGGUUAAACAGACCUAUGAAGAUGUCCUGGCAACAGUCAUUAUAAACAAGAUAUCUGCUGAAUGCGAGAAAGAAAUGCUAAACGGAUUUGAAAGAAAGGAAGAUAGGAGAAGAGGGAGUAAAGGACAGGAAGAUGAAGAAAGAAGAAAUGGAGGUGGACGAAGAGAACAAGCAGAAGGAGAAGGUGAAGGUGAAGAAGGAGAAGAGGAAAGUCAAGAAAGUUCUGUUCUAAGAAGAUUCAAGGAUAGAUGUAUAUCUCAGUCUGAGUUUAACCCGGUUCAGAAUAUUAGAAUACUAACACAUAGUGUUAAAUCUUCAACAAGUGGGUUUGGAGAUGGGAGCACAUUAUCUUCCUCCUCCUCAUCAUCAUCUUCUUCUUCUUCUUCUUCUUCUUCUUCUUCGGAAACUAGUCGAGCUAGCUCACCCCUCCAUCCUAUUUGCCGAUCUCUCUCGCCGAUCCUGAACCAAAGAUCUCUCCCGCCGAUCCGAAACCAAAGAUCGGAGAAUGUGUCACCAAUGUCGGAUAUGUCGGAACUACAAAACUCUAAUAUAAUGAUUGAGGAGGAGCUUGAAGAGGUUGUAACGGUUUAUGAAUCUGAUGAAGACGUCCUUACUCCGUUCGUAUUCUCCAGUGAGCGGCAUUCCCUCCUGCUGUCUCCGCUCCUGGAGAACUCCGAACCCGUCCCGUUCCCUGAGUUUGGGAUUGAUCUUGUGGAUCAGGAUUAUCAAUCAGAUGAGGUAUGUCUACACCAGGUUAAGGUCCCGGUAAACUGCUGGGAGGACAACUGGUUAUUUAGGAAAUCCUUCCCUGCUACUGGAGGAGGGAGAAGGGAGAGUAGUUGCUCCUUGAACCAGGCUGUAUCUAUGCUAGUUCCAAACCCCUUCCAGACAAGUGGAGUCAGGAUAGGGGACAGGGACGCAGACCAGGUUUCCGAGCUAUCUGAACGCCAGUCCAUCGGGUCCCUUGAACUUAGUUCUAGUGAUGAAGAAAUGGAGGGAGAAGAGUUAAUACAAGUUGUGAGAGUGGAGGAAGGAGGAGAAGGAGAACGAGAUACAGAAGAACAGGAUAAUGAGCAAGAUCAAGAAUAUACAAUAUAUAGUCAUAUACCUCACAGGAGGGACUCUAGUCAACUUUUAGGAAGUGCCAACUUCUCAAUGGAGGAUUUUGGAGCUGAUAAUCCAGGGUUGGGAGCUUAUGGAGCUGAUAAUCCAGGGUUGGGAGCUUAUGGAGCUUCUAAUAUAAAUACCCCGGGCUGUGAUAUUGAACUAGUCUGUGCUCCAAAUGAUAUCAGUACGCACACAGGGAAACUGAUCCAGAUUUGCGUACAGUUUACUGGUUCCAGGCCUAUAGACGUAUUCUGGUAUAGAGAAGGAGCAGAGAUCACGCCUAGUUCACGUGUUUGGAACAGGAGUGGUAGAGGGCGUAGAGAUCUCUUUCUCUUUGAUGCAGACAAGCUGGAUACAGGAAAGUAUACGAUGCUUGCAUUAAACAGAACAGGAGAAAUAUGGCAUUCUUUUAAUAUCAACGUUAAAGAGACCCGGAGAGCUGAGCACCCACCUGAGGUUGUAUCUGAGCUGCUACCCCUGACCUACCAGGAGGGGGAAACCCUGGAACUAUCAUGUCACGUGACUGGAUAUCCUGAACCCAGGGUUUCAUUUUACCGCGGGGGUAAACUACUGCAGGACAACGAGAACUGUGGAAUAGAGUACAGUGGAGGUGGAGAGUGGAAGCUUAUCAUUCAUAGACUUUCAUCCAGGGAAAACUGUGAGUUCUCUGUUAUAUCAGAGAAUAGGUUGGGUUCGUCAACUAGAGACUGGAGGGUCACAGUUCUUCCAAACCGGACGAUUUCUGAUGAACAGGACCAACUGGAAGAUUCAGAGGAUGUCUACGAGGAUAUGAGUGUAUGUUCCGCUGAUAUUCAAGGAAUACAAUUAAAUCUCCAGGAUUCCGUUCCUCUGAUAAAGAACAGAGGUUUAGGAAGUGUCCUUGAGGUUCAGGGUCAGACCCCUAAAAAUGUCCAGGGUCAGACCCCUAGUAAUGUCCAUGUCAUGUUGACCGGCGCUAGUCUUGGAGAAUCUACAACAGAAGGAGAAAACAAGAAAGAUGAACAGGUUUUAAUCUUGGACGGACUGUUUGGAGAAUCCAGGACGGAUUCUUUUGUAUCUCAUCUCAGCCUGGACGGAGAGGUUGGAGAAACGGGGACAGAUACAACACUAACCUAUCUCCAGAUUGGAGGAGAAGUAGGAGAGACUAACACUGAUUCAACCUUGGAAAAUAGAAGGGAUAAAGCUCCAAUACCAGGAAGUUUAGCUGAUAGAGAGCACAGGAAGUGGGUAGAGGGUGCUGUACAGUUGCAGUACAAUCCGUACAGUACAGAAAACAUCGCUCGGAGAGUAUCUAGGAAGCACUCAACUGUAGAGACAGACAGGAGUAUGAUGAAUCAGGUUUAUAUGGGUGAGGACAGACCUCGGAAGAUAGAUUGCGGCCUCCCAAGUAUACAAAGCAGCCUUUACGCCCGGGAGUACUAUGUACCCAAGGAGAAGGGAGAGGAGAGGAGUAGGGAGUACUUUACACCCAUAGUGAAAGGAGAAGAUAGGAGUCAGCUGAAGUACCAAACAAGGAGCAGAAAUUCAAGUUCAGAAUCUUCUAAGCAGAGAGUUGAAAGGUUGAAUAAAGAAGACGAGCAGAGUAAUGAGGACGAAACUGAAGAUGUAACCAUCUCCGUCCUCCUGGACGAGGUGGAGGAUGAGGACGAGGAUGCUAGGGUUGAGGAUAGCGGAGUGGGUUCUGCAAGUGAGAGAAAUGUAUCAGAAGACCGGGAUGAACCGACCCUCUCCGUCCUAGAACGUGCGAAACGUCUCCAGGGUGAGAUAGAUAAGAGAGAAGAGGAGAGAACUAACCGUAGAUCCUGGGAUAGGAGAGGAGGAAGUGUGGAUAGUUUACUGGAUUGGGAGUCGGAUUCUACACGACCUCCGUCCCUACCUCCUAAAGUGAACACCUCCGGCCUAUCCUCCAACCCUCCACUGCCUCCGAAAGGUUCUGGAGUAAAUGAUAUCACGUCUCCUCCACCACUACCACCCAAGUCAAGGUCUGUUGAUAAGCAAGGAGUAGUUCCAACCGACUCCGGACUCCAUGGGAGUUCGGAAUCUCUUCAUUCCUCUGAGGUUCCCUCCUCGGCAAUGGAGGGGUAUAUAGAGGACGGAUAUAUUAUUGAGGACGGAUUCAUACUGCAGGACGGAUUCAAUAUGAAGGAUGGAUACAGUAUGCAGGACGGAUACAGUUUACAGGACGGGUACAUGGUUCAGGACGGAUAUCUGGUUGAGGAUGAAUAUGUUAAUAAUGAGAGUCCGAGGACUGAUGAUGAUUAUAUUCUCCAGUAUGAAUCUGGAGAUAACAGUGAUACCGAGGUGGAAGAAAUCCAUGAUCAAGAGGAUACUCAUGAUGAUUACGCUGAUGAUGAUGAUGAUGAUGAUGAUGAUGAUGAUGAUGAUGACGAAUAUGAAAAUGAGAAGGAUAAAAACUAUGCUUACUCUAUACAAGUCAUUGAGGACGAAAAGGAAAAUAUUGGACCUAGACCAGGACACCCUGAUCCCUCUCCUGUACCCUACCCGCACCCUGAUUAUUCAUCCUACCCUGCCCAGGACGGAUACUCCUCCGGAGAUCUAGAUCUGGUUCCUAAACUACCGUCCGUCCGGGAUCUAGCAAUAAAGUUCCAACCUAGAUCCAGUCCUGAACCUAAACCUAGGAAAUCUUUACUCAAGAAAAAGGUGUUUAAACCGGUUUCCAACGGGUAUCAGUCUAACUCCACCUGCACCCUUAGCUUACAGUCUAGAGUAGACCUUGAGCAACUCCAGGACGCAUGUAGAUCUCCGGGUACUCCUGUAAAAGCUAAACUAGCGGCGGACGGUGUAAACGUGAUCUAUUCCGCUCCUGCUCCACCCUUGAUCCCCCCGGAUCAUGAUGAUCUCUACCGGGAGGAUUUUGACGAGUUCCUUGACAAAGUUGCGUGUUCUAGUCCUAUCAGGAGAUGUGAAACCAGUUCUGCAAGUUUACCUAUAUCCUGGUACUCCAGUAGAGACUCAUUACUCUGCUGUUCUCCAUCAGCUCCUAUAUCCUUAAAUACUCCAGACUUUGCUCCUCAGAUCAUGACAGAUGAAUAUGUACCAUCUCCUCCCUCCUCCUCCUCCCCAUCCCCCUCCUCCUCCCCGUCUCUCUCCUCAUCCCCUCCCCCCACCUGCUCCUCCCUCUCCAGCUCCGUCAUGUAUACAACCUAUAUUCCGGACAGAGACCUUAACCCCUCCGAGGUUGAGAUAAUCGAGAAUGAAUACACUAUCCUAGAGUAUAGUGAUAUAGAACCUGAGUACUCGGAGCCUGUUCAGGAGAAUAGUGAGCGUGCCUGGAAGAGUAACACGGGGCUGUCUGAUAUCAAGGAGUUCUGGGAGCGAAUAAACCCCUCUCGGUUCCAGUACGUCAAAUAUGCGUCAGAUUCAAAUAUUUGUGACGCAUCUGCCCUGGAGAACGGACUUAGAAACAUUCCCAAGGAUAAGGAUUUCUCCUCGGCCGGAGAGGGAACAGAAUCUGAAGCGGAAGGAUUUGAAGAUCAUAUCUAUUGUCAGAUUCAUGACGUACCAGGAGUCAGAGCUCCUGGAGGGAUUGAAUCCGGGUUCUUCUCCUAUGAACAGUACGGAUACUAUGAUAAUGUUAUCCCUGAGGAACCGUCAGACUAUGAGGAUAGUUGGACCGAACCUACUCAUAUUAAUCUUAUAUCAGUCCCCCAAUCCAAAUCUGAGAACGGAUCCAUAGCAGAGGAGAUCCACGACUCAGAUAGUAUUGUCUCCAUUCAGUCGGAUCAUGUAACCCUGAUAUCUAUAGAACCAGAACCUAAUCUAAUCAAUCUUAAACCCAGAACCAUGAUCUCCUUAACUAACCCUGAUAAACAGAAGAAUAAAACUAACAAAACUAACCCAACAAACCUGGAUUAUGUGACUAACCAGAUUAAUCAAACUAACCUUCUACUCGAAGAACCCUCCGGGAACCCCAGGUUGGGUUCAGUUAAAGAUCUCAGACGAUUGUUUGAGAACGGGUUUUCCGGUGCUCCGUCUAACCCUGCUCCGCGCAAACCUGCUCCGAUAAACCUUACUUCCGAUUCGGUGCACAGUUUAACAGCCAGGUCUGUCCCCAGGGAGUUCAGGGACAACCUCAAGCACGUAAACAAGGAGCCCACUAGGGACAGUAUUGUUAGGGUACAAGGGGACCCUAGCAGGGUAGAGGGGAGGGGGGGACCGGAGAACGAACAUUAUGAUAUUUAUACAGAUAGACGAAAGGCGCAUUUAUUCUACAAUAGCAGAGGGGAGAGCCCAGAACAUACUGGUAUACCGGCGUGGCCUGUCCAGCUACCAGCGCGCCGAGCAGAGCGGGAAUCCCGUUAUACGGGGAAUACAAGUGAUGAAAGUUCAGCGGGGUUUAACAGCAGACAUCGAAGAAAUAAGCAGAGAUCAAUUCAUCAGUAGACAUUUAAUAUACAUUUCUACAAUUAGCAGACAAUUUAACUUUUAUAAACACUUCUACAAUAAGCAGACAAUUAAGCAUCUAGUAGGCAUUUCUACAAUUAGCAGACAAUUAAGCAUUUAGUAGACAUUUCUACAAUUAGCAGACAAUUUAACUUUUAUAAACACUUCUACAAUAAGCAGACAAUUAAGCAUCUAGUAGUCAUUUCUACAAUUAGCAGACAAUUAAGCAUUUAGUAGACAUUUCUACAAUUAGCAGACAAUUAAGCAUUAAGUAGACAUUUCUACAAUUAAUAGACAAUUUAACAGUUAGAAGACAAUCCUACAAUCAGUAGAAAAUUUAACUUUUAAAGGAAAUUCCACAAUUAGCAGACAAUUUAACAUUUAGUAGACAUUUCUUCAACAAGCAGACAAUUAAACAUUUAGAAGACAUUUAUACAAUUAGCAGACAAAUAAACAUUUAGUAGGCAUUUCUUUAAUUAGCAGACAGUUUAACAUUUAGCAGACAUCUCUACAACAAGCAGACAAUUAGACAUUUAGCAGACAUUUCUACAAUUAGCAGACAAUUUAACUUUUGAAGACAUUUCUACAAUUAGCAGACAAUUUAACAUUUUGUUGACAUUUCUACAAUUCUUUAAUAUAUUUUUAGUCUGCGGACACCCGUUUUACGUGCCUUAUUAUCACAAAAAAUAUGUAUAUAAAAUUCUAAGUUUGAUAUUAAAACAUUCUCCUUCUACGAUAUUGUUGAUAUAUUUAUUAGAAAUAAGAAUAUAUUUGUUUGCAAUAAAAUAGUUUUUUCCCUUGUUGAUUAUCCUGUUUGAUGUAUAAUUUUCAAACAAACAAAUGAGAAACAUUUAUGAAUUAAAUUUGAAACUUUGAUUA